AUGGAUGCUCCUAUUGACUUUGAAUUUGAAGACGCACUUCUCAAUUCUCCUGUUAUUGUCAAGAAAAGGAAGAAAGUUAUUGGCUUGGAUGAUCUUUUGACUGAUUACUACAACGAAAAAAGCAAAGUGAUCGAGAAGGAAUCUAAACGAGCAAAUGCUAAGAAAAACUACGAUUCAGACGAGGAUGACUUUGGCAAAGAAGCCUUACUAUCAAAACAAAUUAAUGAAUGCCACAAUCAGAUGAAAGAAAUGAGUGGCGAGGAAGAGAUCUCCACGUGGGGUUUACAUGUUUUUGGCGAUCAGAAACCCCUGCCACUUCUUACUUUGCCUGAGCUUGGAAGUUGCUCACUUUUGCAGUCUUUCAUGAGCAGCGAGCUCAACUCAUUGGUUGAACUAACCACAGAAAAAGGGGAAACUUUUCUUGAAGGACUUUUAGUAAAUGACUGGCUCUCAAAAUUGGUAUCUGCGCAUGGCUAUGUAGAAAACUCAAUUGCCAAAUGGACUUUCUAUUUGAUGUUAUAUUCAUCAAAAGAAGAGUUGAGAGCAUCUGCUUGUGACUUCUGGUGCAACAUUCUUUUGCCUUGGGAUAAGUAUGAUGGUUCUAUCUCUAUGCUUAAUCAGACUGAGAAGCUGCCUAUCAGAAUUGAGUGGUUUCCUAAGUACUCUGAGCUGAGAAGCGCUCUUGAAACAUAUGGAUUUUUUUCCAUAUUUUGUCACGGACAGAAUCAGAGUAAACAACCUGUAUUUUCAGCUUCAGAAGCUGAGGAGUUAGUUGAAGUUGCUGUUUUCCUUUCUUCAGAUCGCCAGCUUGAAGGUUUACUGGUGCUUUUGGAUGAAUUUGUGCAAUCAGUUAUCAGUUACUUCACAGAAGAGGAAUGGAAUAGAAGCUGUGAAAAGAUAGCAAGAACCCUUGCUUGCAGCAUCAACACUGUUGGGUACAGUAAUGCUGUUAGUGGAGUUGACAGUAGAAGCCCUAGGGACUUGAACUGUUUGCGGACUGUGGAAUGCAUUUCAGGAAUCAGCACUCGUAGCAAUCACCUGAGAAGUGCGGUUUCCUAUCAGAUACUGCUUAAUUGUUUUGAUAAUAAGGCUUCCAAUGAAGAAGAGAUCCUGAGUUUGCUUAUCUCCAUAAAUGUGAAAGACCGAAGUUGUGACCUUUCCCAGAUGUACAUUUACCUGGUUUUGACUGCAAACUGGCUCUUGUCCAAUCCAAUGUUUGAACUCAAGCCAGUGAUCUAUGAAAUGUGGGGUGUUUAUCUGCGAAACUGUUCUUGCCAAAUCACUAGCACAGAUAUGAGGCCCUAUGCAUCAAAGGUCCGCACUAAAGCUUCAUAUAUUCUAAAUGGCACCAGCAAGAAAAUUAUUAUCAAGUAUGUGUCCCUGCCCGUCCCAAAAAGAAAUCGCAUUUCGUAA